AUGGAUCAGUCUGAGAUUCAGCCUGAAAAAAUGGAGCUGGUUGUUGUCACCCAUGUUGUGGAUGCCAUCACGUUUUGGGCUCAGAAUGUGACAGACAAAGCAAGUGAGAUGAUAGAUGCUGUGCUGUUAGAGAAAUGCCCCACUGCUCCCAUACUAAUGGGUAGACCAACUGCACAAAAGGUUUAUGGGGCACGAUAUUCAGAGGACAAGUGCUGGUACAGAUGCACAGUGCAACAGCAAACAGAUGACAAGUUCUACAUUCUGUACAUUGAUUAUGGAAAUAUGGAGAUUGUUAGCCGAUCAGAAUUAGUUGAACUUCCAGAAGACUUACAGACACUAGGAUUUGCCAAAAAAUACAAGUUCUGGGGUUUCCAUGUGUCAAGCGAAGAGGAAACUCUUUUGUCACAGGGAAAGUCCUUCCUCCAAAAUAUCAUUCAUGGAAAAAAAUUACGUGUCCAUAAAAAGUCUGUUUGCUUUGAUGGAACCAUACUGGUUGAAGCCUUCCAGGGGAAUCUUGAUAUUGGUGAGGAGCUGUUGAAAUUUAAGUUUGCCAAAGUAAACCUCCCAGGCAAUCGGGAGAUUUCCAUCCCCCCAGUAAACCUGCAAGAGCACACCGGACUAUGGCCCGCCAGGAGCCCUUCAAGGGAGUUGGAGACACUUGGGUCCCCACUGGGAUGCAUGCCCAAAUUACGCCCAAUAUUCUCAGACCAGAAGCCUCAAAUCAUAAAGGAACAGAAAACCACAAUUGCUCUCCAGCCUGUGGAGAAACUGAAUAUUUCACAGGAACAUAAAGAAAUCAACUCUCCAAAGGCAACAUCACAGCAAAACGCUCAUGAAACUGAACAGAGACUAAAUGAGACCAACUCUGAACUCCAGAGGAUGAGAGAGGUGAUAAAAGAGAAGGAGAUGGAGAUCAUGAAGCUAAAGGAAGAAGGAUGUGCCAUCCAGCAGCACGCAACUCUCCUGGGACAACAGCUAGAGGAUGCCAGACUGGAGCUCCAGACAGUGAAGUUGAGUUGUGUGGAGAUAAAAAAGAUUGAACAUAAUCAUCCUUCAACAUUUACAGACAAAAUUACUCAGCUGGCAAAAAAAGUGGAUUCGUUGAGGAAACUAAGGGAGAGUCAUUCAUGUCCCAAUGCUGAGGAUCACCUUCUUGAAUCCAUCACCGUCAUCAUGAAUUGCAGGAUCUCAAUGCCUCUGAGCUCACAGAAGCUUGAACUAGCGUGGAAAGAUUAUGAGCAAGCCCUAGAGAAUCUAAAAGCCUGUCAAACCAUUGGGGAAAUGAAGCGUUUGGUGAUUAUCAGAGAUGAAGCACGUGCUGCUCUCUUAGCUGCUGUAGAUGACUUUCAGCAGGAGGUGGACAGGCUGACUAUCAAGGCAAGAUGGGAGAGACUGAAGGAAAUUGAGUCGUCGUUGACCGCUCUGUUUAGUUCAGUUUCGCUAGAGGAGCAGAUGAACGAACACUCUUUUGAGAAGUUCUGUGAGUGGAAGAGGGCAAAAUUCCAGAAAAUCAAAAAUGUGCAAAAAGCUACUGAUGAUGCUCUGCUGGCUGUUAGCAACUGGGCAGCCAGGCUUAGCAAGUUUGUAUGUUUGAUGGAGAAAAUUUCUGGAGAUGAUGUCGCUGAUGGUGCAUAUGAGAUCCUCAUGAAUGCUGACGCUGCUGUGGGUGAAGAACUCAACGUUGCUUUCACCGAACAGGAGAACCAGGAGAGAAAAAUUUUGUUUAAUGCCGUUCACAAAGCCAUGCAGGACAUCCGAAAAGAACAAAGUUUGUUAGAGGACAUCAGGCAGAAGUAUGAACUCAACACAAAUUUUAAGCAGGAGGCGCAGCAAUGGCAGAGCAGUCCUCCUAAAUUAGAUGAGCUGCUUGCAGUGAAGAAGCACAUCCGGAGCUUGAGAUCUCAGCUCCGGUGGAAACUGGUGGAGGUCAGCUGUCUGGAGGAGGCAGAAGAACUAGACCUGCCAGAGAUCCUGAAGAAGAAGGAGGAGAUCACUGAGACGAGGAACGCUCUCUUUCGAGAAAUCAGCCAUGAGAAGAAGGAAUAUUUAAUGCUGUGUGAUCUGGUGAACGGAGGUUUUCCUGAGCUACCAAUGAUGUACCCUGAUGCAGAUAUCAACAGCUACAUGAGCUCUGCAGGGCUGUUAAUGAAGAGCUUGGACAGAGACAUGUUUGAUGCAGAGCCAAUGAAAGAGCUGAGCGGGAGGAGACCUCUUUUGAGCACAGACUUCCAGGGACAGAAAGUUGUCCUAAAGUGUUACACAGUGGAUGAAGAGUCAGAGGAGAAGAUGCUUAAACAAGCUGCCGAGUAUCACACAGCCCAGCAGCAGAAUCCUUCCACAGCGGUGCCUCUUUUGGCACUGUUUUGCGGCAAAUCUGAUCCGCUGGCGUACGUUAUGGUCCCACACUAUUCUAAUGCAAACCUCAGAGCCAUUCAGAAAUCUUCCCCACUGUCCUCUUCUGAGAUUGUGAAGGUGAUGAGAGGCGUAGCUCUAGGUCUACAAAGUCUUCAUGCUGCAUCUGUCACUCAUGCAUCUCUACAUCCCAACAACGUGUUUGUCACUGGUCGAGAGAAAGGCAUUGUGGGGGAUUAUGAUUUCACAAAGACACCUGAGCAGAGGGCGACUGACAGUGGAAUGGUGGCUGGAUCCAUCAGUCUGGUUGCUCCAGAGUUGAGGCACGGUCAUCCACCUUCCCCAGCCACUGACAUGUAUGCGUUUGGAGGCAUCAUGCUCUGGCUGCAUGUUCCAGACUUCAAUGCAACACUAGAGAGUGACAAUCAAAAUCUAGUAUUCACUGGAUUGCAUCUGGAUGACAACUUGCAAAACCUUCUCACAAAGCUAUUAUUUUUUUCUGGAGGACUCUCUGCUCCUGAGACCAUAAAGGAUGACUACUUUCUGUCAGCCGCUGUUUAAAUGUUCCAUUUCAUGUUUAAUCUUUUUUUUUUUAAAUAUAUUGUGUCUAAAAAAGAAAACAACCAAGAGGUGUUUGUUUGUUCGAUUUAGUUUGUGUUCCGAAA